AUGUCUGACGAUUCUUGGGUCAACGACCUCAAGCCUGCUGCCCCCGACGGGGCCACUACCAUCCAAGCGGAACGAAAGCGCUCCAAUGUCGACGUCAAUGCCCUAGCUCAGCAUUUGUUAGGAAAGGAAUUUCUUGAGCGUCAGACCCACAUUUUGAGUCUGCUGCAACAAGAUCGCCUCUUUUCAAAGGCGCAGCAAGGGAACUUCGGCCACCCAGAACGGUACAAGCUUGGCCUCGCCCGCGCUAAGCGCCUUCGACAGAUGGCAGACAAGUAUAACUGGGAUGAAGAGGACCACGAGAUGGCAAAGCAUUUAGUGGAUGACGUCUCUCCUUAUCAACUCCAUGUUUCGAUGUUCCGGCAGACACUCCUCGAGCAGACGAGCCCGGAGCAGAAGAAAUAUUGGAUGGAUCUCCAUGCUUCCUGGACUAUCAUCGGCGCAUAUGCGCAGACAGAGCUGGGCCAUGGAAGCAACGUUCGAGGUAUCGAACUGACGGCGCGUUGGGAGCCAGAGACUAAGGAGUUUGUCUUGCAUUCGCCUACUCUGACCGCUAGCAAGUGGUGGAAUGGCACGUUGGGACGUACUGCCACUCAUUCUGUUAUUGCUGCACAGCUGUUGCUUCCAGAGAAGGACUCGAGUGGCAAGACUGUGUACAAGAACUAUGGACACCACCUUUUUGUCUCUAGGGUUCGAGAUGCCGAGACGCACAAGCCUCUUCCUGGAAUUGUUAUUGGUGAUAUUGGCCCGAAAUACGGCUACUCUUCCAUGGACAAUGCGUACAUGCUGUUCAACAACUUCAGGAUUCCUCACAGUGCAAUGCUCAGCCGGUAUAGCUGGGUAGAUCCUGAAACAGGAAAAUAUCACAAGCCAGAGAACCCAGCGGUAGUCUAUGGCUCUAUGACCCAUGCUCGGAAGCGCAUCGUCAUGGCAGCACGUCUUGUCCUAGCUCGCGCCGUAACAAUUGCUAUUCGGUAUUGUUCCGUCCGCCGGCAAUUCCGAGACAAAGAAAACCCUCAGUCCCUAGAGAAUGCGGUGUUGGACUAUCCCACUGUCCAGAUCCGCCUGCUUCCUCUCUUGGCUACCACCUAUGCGCUACACUACACCGGCGAACGGAUGGGCCAAAUCUAUGAUGCGACAAGAAGUAGCGUAGAUGCAGGCGAUUUGUCUUCGCUUAUUGAUCUGCACAGUUUAUCUUCCGGUUUGAAGAGCUUGUCUAGUGACCUUGCAGCGGCGGGUAUUGAAAUUUGCCGUCGUGCGAUGGGUGGCCAUGGAUUCGGUGGUGGUAGCGGCCUCAUCCAGCUGAAUGCCGAUUACUUGUCCAAGCCCACAGUGGAGGGUGACAAUUGGAUGAUUACCCAGCAGAUGGCGCGGUAUCUGGUCAAAAAAGCGGAGCUGGUCGCCACCACUCAGCACUUCUCGCCAUCCAACCGGACAGAAGUGGCUUUGAAAGCGUUUUACCAGUCGCGUUCUGCAGGACAGAAGGAUUUCCGCAUCUAUCAAGAAGACAGCCAUCUGGUUGCAGCAUUUGAGCACCGUGCAGCGUCUCUGACUUUUGAUGCAUACACCGCAUACCGAGUCACGAAGAGAAGCUGGAAUUCCCUGCUAAUUCAAAUGCACGAACUCAGUCACGCCCAAUCGGAGCUCAUUCUCGUCUACAACUUCUUCGACGGCCUCAACGACGAUAACACACUACCGCAGGAAACUAAGAAUCUAUUGUGGCUCAACUUCCGACUUUUCGCCUUGUACACAAUUAACAAGUCCAGCCGACAGUUCUCUCGCUGUGGAGCUGUUCGCGAGGAGGAUCUUGAUGAGUUGCCAGACCGAAUACUACAGCUGAUGCAGGAGAUUCGGCCACAUGCUGUUCGUUUGGUGGAUUCUUGGUCUAUUCCGGACUAUCUUCUGGAUAGUGCUCUGGGACGAUUUGAUGGCAGGGUUUAUGAGGACCUUUUCAACCGAGCCCAUCGCUUGAAUCCGCUUAACAAGGUCACCUUCAAUCCUGAUUACCGUACUGAUGAGAUUAUCAAGGGAUCUGGGGAUGGUGGGGCAAUCCUCUCGAAGCUAUAA